CUCCCCCGGAGACACAGCCUACUUUUCGCCCUGGGUAUAAAUACGCCUGAGCCACCGGCUCUCAGCUUCCCGACACGCCGAGCCGGCCCCAUCCUUCUCCUCCGGCAGGAAUGGCUCGUGAUGGCCACGGGACCUUCGGCUUCAUCCCCAUCUUCAUCCUGGCAGCCGGCCUGCUGCUAACAGCCCUGCCGCCGGCGCGAGCUCAGGUGAAGGGCAAUGAAGGCGACGAGUUGCCGGAGGAGGACGAGUCCCGGAUCAUCGGUGGGAGACCCUGCUCCAUCAGCGACAGACCUUUCCAAGUUGCCCUCAUCAAGAGAGGUCAGAUCCUGUGUGGGGGAAGCUUGAUAGACGCCCAGUGGGUCCUGACCGCCGCCCACUGCAAGCAGCCAACCAGGGACCUGAGGGUGUUGAUCGGGACGAACACGUUACAAGACGGGACAGGGGUAAUGAGGUCGAUUUCGAAGCUCCAGGUCCACCCGGCCUACAACCCCCACAAGAACGACAAUGACUUCAUGCUCUUGAGGUUGAACAAGCCCGUUCAGUUCAGCAAUAACAUCAAGAAGAUCCGGUUAGCCACCAAGUGUCCCACGGAUGGGAUGAGGUGCAGCGUCUCGGGUUGGGGCACGACCAAGUCCCCUGGAGCCAAGCUGCCCCGAAAUCUCCAGUGCGCCGCCAUCCAAGCCUUCGGGAGGGAGAAGUGCAUGAGGGCGUACGGAUCCGCCAUCACCCCCAACAUGUUCUGCGCCGGCGUCCCCCAGGGGGGCAUCGAUUCCUGCCAGGGCGACUCGGGGGGCCCACUGGUGUGCAAUGGGGAGCUGCAGGGCGUGGUCUCGUGGGGGAUGGCCGUCUGCGGGCGCCGUGGACAACCCGGCGUCUACUCCAACGUCUGCCGGGCCGUGCCGUGGAUCCGGAAAUACAUCGGGAGGCAUCUUCCUCCCGCCGCCAUGGAGCGCCUCCUGCCGCUGCUGCUGCUGGCCACCGUGGCCGUGGGGGACGAGAACCGGAUCGUGGGGGGCCAGAGCUGCCAGAAGAAGCGUCACCCCUACCAGGUGGUGCUGCUGGGCCCCCAGAAGAACAUCCACUGCGGUGGGGUCCUCCUGGGGAGGUCCUGGGUGCUGACGGCUGCCCACUGUGACACCAAGAGCUCCAUCCCCAUCCGCAUGGGCGACCACAGCUUGAGGACCAAGGAGGGGACGGAGCAGUGCGUCAACUCGGCCAAGGCCUUCAUCCACCCCGACUACAACCCCACCACCCAUGAUGGGGACAUCAUGCUCCUGAAGCUCCAGAAGCCCGUCCGCUUCACCGACCACGUCCAGCCGGUGGCCCUGCCCCAGCGUUGUCCUCCCCCCAACACCGAGUGUGUCGUCUCGGGCUGGGGCAGCACCAGCAGCCCUGAAGGGUACUUCCCCGACGUUCUCCAGUGCGCCAUGGUCUACACCAUCUCCAACGAAGAGUGCGCCAAGCUCUACCCCAAGGGCAUCACCAAGAACAUGCUCUGCGCCGGCGUCAUCUCCGGCGGCACCGACUCCUGCCAGGGUGACUCGGGGGGCCCGCUGGUGUGCGGGGCCGAGCUGCAGGGCAUCGUCUCGUGGGGGAUGCAGGUCUGCGGCCAGCGCGGCAAGCCGGGCGUCUACACCCGCGUCUGCGAGUACACCGCCUGGAUCCACGCCACCAUGGGGGGCGACGGCCACGCCUGAACCCCCACGCACCGCCCCCCCCCCCCCCCCCCCAAAAAAAAAUUGGAAGAGUCCACACCACCCCUUCCCCACCCCCUCCCAAAACACCAGGGGUCUUCUCCUCACGCCCCAGGGAAGAGCUUCUGGAAUAAAGCCCUGCGAAACGUG